AAAGACCCAUGAAGAGUUUUACAGGCUUCCACAAGAUGUAUUCCAAACAGCGAAAAUAGCCAAAUUGUUAUUGAUGAUGGAUAAAGGAGAGGGGGCAGAUUUCAAAGGAAAAACUCUUGAAGAAAUCGAUAUUCAUCUGGACAAUUUAGAGGAAGAGAACUGUCCAAAAAUAGAGAGCGAUAUAGAUUCUGAUAAUGAAGCAGAGAAAACUCAAACACCUGUAGAUGAGGAUCACCAUUUCAGCACUAAAUCUAACGAAGGAAAUGAUUUUAAGAGGAAGGGAAUGGGUAAAAAAACAAAGUUACGUGGAUCGUGGAGCAGCAAACAAAAAUCUUUAAUGGAGAAGUUUUUCAAAAAACAUAUUUGUGAAAAGAUUACUCCUAAGAAGGAAGAGUGCCUACAGUUAAGAAAUGAAUACAAAGAUAUGUUCGAAGACAAAACUUGGGUGCAAAUAAAAGUUUUCAUUUAUAACACCUUCAGAAAGGAAAAAAAAAUGAGUUCCUAUUAAUAAAGUGUCAAUAAGUAUU